GCAGCGUUUCUCCUAUCAAAACGCCAAGGGGGCGGGCACAUGGGUGAGCAGGCCUGGCGGCCAACAGCUCUUCCGCUAUCAUGGCGGCGCCCAUAGUAUGAGGCGAUGUCGGGUCGAGGUGUUUGGCUCCGGGCUCGAGCGCGGCUGCGGCGCUUCCCCGCACUGCUGGCGGGCUGCGGGGAGCAGGCAUCGGCUUACGGGCGCUGCGUGGCCGCGGCCUCCGCUGGAAGUGUGGAGCUACGGCGGGACGUCUGCCUGCGGGAGUUCCAGGCCUUGCGGGAGUGCUUCGCCCGCGCGGCGGCGGCGGCGGCCAAGUGAUUGAGGUGCCGGAGGUGACAGCGGCGACUGCAGCUGCGGCGCGGGGGGGUGGAGCUCGGGGUUGGCCGGCGUUAUGGGCCCGGCCCCGGGCUCCUUCGCCCCCACGCAGAAGCUUUUCCCCGCUCAGCACCGCGGCCCGUUUAUUAAAAAAUUAAAAUCGGAUACAGAUGCUUCAGCUUAUUUUAUUGAUCUGCACAGCUCAGUCUCCCACCAGCCCCUCCAGACCCGGUACAAACGGUCCCUGGCAAGGAGAGGCCAUGCAGGAACUGUGCUGUCCCUCCUGGCUCGCUGGGGAAUGUCAGAGCAUCUUUGGUCCUCUGUGUUCGCGGAGACGACGCCAACAAAUCCAUAACGCCACAGAGACGUUCAGCAAUAAAUCCACAUCACCAAAUCCACAGCACCACCGCAGGGCAGGAGCACGUCCUCGUCCUGCGGGAUGGGAGAGCCUGGGGUGGACCCAGCACACAGCAAGGUGUGAGAAGGGACGGCUCCUCCUCCUGUAGAAAGGCAGCUGAG